AUGAGCUCUGAUCUUUCUGUGGUGAAGGGUUCACCCCUGGUUAAUCGAACAGAGCUGGCAGUAGCCACUGGAGGAGCAGAGGGCUCCUGCUCUCGCUGUACCCUUCCCUUCGCUGUGGUUCUACUGAUUAUUGGCAUCGCGGUCACAGCAGUAGCCUAUAGUUUCAGCACCCACGGAUCUACCAUCUCCAUUCUUGGACUUCUGCUUCUCAUUAGUGGACUGUUGCUUCUGGGCUUGAGUGCAUUGUGCAGGAGAUGCAGACGGGGCAGAAAAAUGUACAAAUCAUGGGAGAGUCAGACCGACUUGGUAGAAAGUGGGAGGAGUAGCUGUAAUUGA